AUGACGGAAAGAAAGGCGGUGAUAAAGAAUGCCGACAUGUCGGACGAUAUGCAACAGGACGCGGUGGAUUGUGCAGUCACGGCAAUGGAGAAGUAUUCUAUCGAGAAAGAUAUUGCUGCCUACAUAAAGAAGGAGUUCGACAAAAAGUUCAACCCAACGUGGCACUGUGUCGUGGGCCGCAAUUUCGGGAGAUCCAAUCCCGUAAAGUCACGGGGCUCGCUGAAAGAGUAUACUUUUGACAGUUGGCACAAUUGUUGGCCGAAAUAA